AUCAAAUCCUACAUAGCCUACAAAGUCAAUAUUUCAAACCCAUUAAAACUGAAUUUCAAUCGUCAAAUUAGAGUUUAUUCCUCACAAAUUUCUAAAAAUUCCUUCCUUUAAGAGGACUACACGAUUCUUUACAAGUCUUAAGAACAGCAGCAACAUGAUGAAAAAAGUAUUCUUUACACGGAAACCCAAGGCUAAGAAGAAGAAUCUGGGACCCUGUACGCCCGUGAGGACAAUACGUACUCUCACAAUGGCCGGCAACAUCGAACAGCGUCCGUGGACACCAACUGUGCGCACUGGCAGAAUUGCCGCAGAAACCUCUAAUCCGGGACCAGCCAUAGUCACAUUGCCCACUCUUAUAGGCAGCAAAGUACCGGACUCAAAGAAAAAGGGCGCUCCCUCGUAUACGUUUGGUCACAAACUAACCAGCCGGGAUGAGACAACAGGACCUGGUCCGGCUCAGUACAAUGUGUCGGGCCUACGACCAAAAGGUAAAGAUCAUCCACGGGCAGCAACUUUACAGAGUCGCCCCAAAGAGCUGAGCUGUUUUGUGAAUCCCGGACCUGGGGAAUACGAUGUCCUGCCAGCGUCCAAGGCUGUCAUAGAUGCCACGCCCAAGUAUACAUUUGGCAAGAAGCCAGCGAGCGCAAAGUUUCAAUUAAUACCAGGUCCCAACCAUUAUCAAGUGGUGCCACUUGAUGUUAUUACGCGCGCGCCUCGAUAUUCCUUUCGCAUUAAGGUUAACGUAUACCUAGUUAACAAUCCAGCGCCAAAUAGCUAUUGUCCUGAAAAGGUCACGCAAUCAAGAAAGAAUGCGCCACGUUACACAUUUGGUAGACGAACAAAAAUCCAACACGAUCUGAAUACACCAGCUCCGGGCGCAUAUUGUCCUGAAAAGGUAAAGCUGAGCAAGACACCAGAAUUCAGUUUUGGCAUUAAGCAUCACGAGCUGCGUCCAGACUAUACGCCAGCACCCGGCACAUAUAGUCCUGAAAAAUCUAAAUUGCACGCGACACCCGCUUUUAGCAUCAAAGGCAAAGCAACGCACGAUGUGGUUGAUGCCACACCAGCCCCUGGCGCAUACGAGCCUGAGAAAUGUGUGCUUAGUAAAACGCCUGCCUACAGUUUUGGUCAACGUGUUCAAGUCACGAAGACACAAGACACACCAGCUCCUGGCACGUAUCAGCCAGAGAAAGUGCGCUUGGAUUAUGCUCCCGCCUACACGCUAACAGGUCGUCAUGAACUGAAAACUGUAAGCUUUACACCAGCUCCAGGUUCAUAUGCUCCGGAAAAGUAUCGCACCGAUCACACACCAGCAUUCAGCUUCGGGGGUAAGCAUGAGCAGCGCCUCGAUAGCUUCACUCCAGCACCGGGAGACUAUUGUCCUGAAAAAGUACGGCACGAUCAUAAUCCUGCUUAUUCAUUUGCCGGCCGUCAUGACACACUCAAAACAAGGGAAACUCCAGCACCUGGCACCUAUGAUUUGGCAAAAGUGCGAUUAGAUCAUAAUCCUGCGUUCUCCUUUGCUGGUCGACACGAUCUUCAAAAACCAAGUGAGACCCCUGCCCCAGGAGCAUACUAUCCAGAGAAAGUUCGUCAGGAUCAUAAUCCGGCUUUCUCCAUGGCUGGCAAACAUGAUCAAAAGAUCCUAAAUGGCACUCCAGCCCCUGGAGAUUACUCUCCCGAAAAGUCCCGCCUAGAUCAUACUCCCGCUUAUAGUUUUGGAGGAAGAAAUGAUCCUAAAGUAGAAAAUAAUACUCCUGCUCCUGGUGAUUAUCACCCUGAGAAGGUUAGACUAGAUCACAAUCCUGCUUUUUCCUUUGCUGGUCGACAUGAUCUUCAAAAACCAAGUGAAACCCCAGCUCCUGGAGCAUAUUCGCCUGAAAAGGUGCGGCAAGAUCAUAAUCCUGCAUUUUCAAUGGCGGGCAAACAUGAUCUAAAGAUCUUGAAUGGCACCCCAGCACCAGGAGAUUAUUCUCCCGAGAAGUCUCGUUUAGACCAUACUCCUGCAUUUUCCUUUGCUGGUCGUUACGAUCUGCAAAAACCAAGUGAAACUCCUGCUCCAGGAGCUUACUAUCCCGAAAAGGUUCGACACGAUCACAAUCCUGCGUUCUCAUUAGGUGGUAAACAUGACGCUAAGAUCACAAAUGGCACGCCAGCACCAGGAGAUUACUCCCCAGAAAAAAGUAAACUGGAUCACUCUCCAGCCUAUACCUUUGGUGGAAAAAAUGAACCUAAAGUAGAGAAUCACACACCAGCCCCUGGCGAUUACCAUCCGGAAAAGGUUCGACUGGAUCACAAUCCCGCUUUCUCUUUCGCUGGUCGACACAAUAUUCAUAAAACUAGUGAUACUCCCGCCCCUGGAGCUUAUUCACCUGAAAAGGUCCGACAAGAUCAUAAUCCUGCAUUUUCCAUGGCUGGAAAGCACGAUCCUAAAAUUGUUAAUGGAACACCAGCCCCUGGAGAUUACUCUCCUGAGAAGUCUCGCCUAGAUCACAACCCUGCAUUUUCCUUUGGUGGACGUCACGAUCUUCAAAAACCAAGUGAUACUCCUGCCCCUGGAGCUUAUUUCCCCGAAAAAGUAAGACAAGAUCAUAAUCCUGCAUUUUCCAUGGCUGGCAAACAUGAUCCCAAAAUCGUUAAUGGGACACCAGCCCCUGGAGAUUACUCUCCAGAGAAGGCUCGGCUAGAUCACAACCCCGCCUAUAGCUUUGGAGGAAGGAAUGAUCACAAAAUAGAUAAUAAUACUCCUGCCCCCGGUGAUUAUCAUCCCGAGAAGGUAAGAUUAGAUCACAAUCCUGCCUUUUCAUUUGGUGAACGUCACGAUCUACAAAAGCCAAGUGAUACCCCAGCUCCCGGAGCUUAUUCCCCUGAGAAAGUCCGACAAGAUCAUAAUCCCGCAUUCUCAAUGGCUGGCAAGCAUGAUCCAAAAAUACUAAACGGGACUCCUGCGCCAGGAGAUUACUCUCCAGAAAAGUCUCGCCUAGAUCAUAGUCCUGCUUUUUCUUUCGCUGGCCGUCACGAUCUUCACAAACCAAGUGAAACCCCCGCUCCAGGAGCUUACUAUCCUGAGAAGGUCCGCCAGGAUCAUAAUCCUGCAUUCUCUCUAGGUGGGAAACAUGAUCCUAAGAUCUCAAAUGACACACCAGCUCCAGGAGAUUACUCUCCGGAAAAGAGUAAACUCGAUAAUACUCCUGCGUACACCUUUGGAGGAAGGAAUGAUCCGAAAAUUGAAAACAAUACUCCGGCUCCCGGUGAUUACCACCCUGAAAAGGUGCGAUUGGACCACAACCCCGCUUUCUCUUUCGCCGGACGCCACGAUCUUCAAAAGCCCAGUGAAACCCCAGCUCCAGGAGCCUAUUAUCCUGAGAAGGUUCGCCAGGAUCAUAAUCCGGCAUUCUCGUUAGGUGGCAAGCAUGAUCCUAAAAUCUCAAAUGACACACCAGCACCAGGAGAUUACUCUCCCGAGAAGUCCCGCUUAGAUCAUACUCCUGCCUAUAGCUUUGGUGGAAGGAAUAAUCCCAAAAUAGAAAAUAUUACUCCCGCCCCCGGUGAUUAUCACCCAGAGAACGUAAGACUAGAUCACAACCCUGCCUUUUCAUUUGCUGGUCGCCACGAUCUUCAAAAGCCUAGUGAAACCCCAGCUCCAGGAGCUUACUAUCCUGAGAAGGUUCGUCAGGAUCACAAUCCUGCAUUCUCGCUAGGUGGUAAAUAUGAUCCUAAGAUCUCAAACGACACUCCAGCUCCAGGAGAUUACUCUCCAGAAAAGAGUAAGCUUGAUAAUACCCCUGCGUUCACCUUUGGUGGAAGAAAUGAUCCGAAAGUUGAAAACAAUACUCCCGCCCCCGGUGAUUACCACCCGGAGAAGGUUAGACUUGAUCACAACCCUGCUUUUUCCUUUGCUGGACGGCAUGACCUUCAAAAGCCAAGUGAUACACCUGCCCCUGGAGCUUAUUCCCCUGAAAAAGUCCGACAAGACCAUAAUCCUGCAUUUUCCAUGGCUGGAAAGCACGAUCCAAAACUCCAGAACGGCACUCCGGCGCCAGGAGAUUACUCCCCAGAUAAAUCUCGCCUAGAUUAUACUCCUGCUUUCUCCUUCGCUGGCCGACACGAUCUUUACAAGCCAAGUGAAACCCCUGCUCCAGGAGCUUACUAUCCUGAAAAAGUUAGGCAAGAUCAUAAUCCCGCCUUUUCUAUGGCUGGCAAACACGAUCCUAAACUCGUUAAUGGAACCCCAGCUCCAGGAGAUUACUCCCCUGAAAAGACCCGCCUUGAUCAUACUCCAGCCUAUAGUUUUGGAGGAAAGAAUGAUCCCAAAAUGGAGAAUCACACGCCAGCCCCUGGUGAUUAUCACCCAGAAAAAGUUAGACUAGACCACAACCCCGCCUUUUCCUUCGCUGGUCGCCACGAUCUUCAUAAGCCAAGUGAUACCCCUGCUCCUGGAACAUACUCUCCAGAGAAGGUCCGACAAGAUCAUAAUCCUGCUUUUUCCAUGGCUGGUAAACAUGAUCCAAAGAUCUCAAACGACACACCAGCACCAGGAGACUAUUCACCUGAAAAGACACGCCUGGAUCAUACACCUGCUUACACAUUUGGCGGCAAAUACGACCCCAAAGUGGACAAUCAUCAACCAGCGCCAUGUGACUACUCGCCCGAGAAAGUUCGUCUUGAUCAUACACCCGCCUACACAAUUGCAGGUCGUACGAUCAUUGAACAUGUAAGCCAUACUCCAGCGCCCUGUGACUACAGACCAGAGAACUGUCAGCUAGAUGGCACGCCAGCUUUCACCUUUGGCAUGAAACUGCAUCGGGAGUAUAUCAGUGAUACACCAGCACCCACUGCAUAUGAGCCGGAAAAGCACACACAAAACACACCAGCCUUCACGUUUGGCACGAAAACUGAGAUUAAAGUCUCCACCGACGCACCUGCCCCCGGACAUUACCAUCCCGAACAAUGCAAGCUUGAUAGUUCGCCGGCAUAUAGUUUUGGUAUUAAGACCUUAUCUAUGCCGCCUAUUCCUGAACCUAAAGGUGUUUACAUCGAAGAUCGUAUACUCCAACGACGUGAACGGCGCUUGGGAAGUCCCGUACGAGGCAAUGGCAUUGAUAGCACCGCCAACACCACAACCACCACAACAACAACUGUCACUGAGAAGUCCAUUGUAAAUGGCGUCAAUGCGACAGCAAGUCAAGGAGAUCAAGAGACAACAAAGACAAUCAGAACAAAGCACAGCAGCAACACAAAUGGCACAAUUUGCACUGAUCUUAAGCCCACCAAAAACACAAGCACCACAACAACUACAACGACGACAACGAAAACUCUGGCAAAUGAGGAUGGGCAACGAGGCAAGUCGGUGCAGACAACGCUGCAUCACUCAGCAAGUGGACAUUUCCAGGGUGACAAUAUGCAGGUAACAGCCAGGGGCACAGCUGAUGCCACCACGAACAAGUCGGCCAACACGAGCACCCGCACAGUGGUGCAGAAGGAUGGUAGCAUUGUGACCAGCAGUCAGACGACCAGGUCAAGUAGAGUCAAGUACGCUGUGGAGGCGAGCAGCGUGCAAGAGAAGAUCAUCAGCUCCUAAUGUCUAUAAGAUACCCACUGUGUUGGGCAGCAGCAAGGAGGGUCCCAUACGUUCGGCCCCGGCCUACACCAUGGCUGGUCGGGAGAAGGACUCGCAAAUACCUUCCCUCGUCCUGCCGGGUCCCGGCUAUUACGAUGGCGA